AAAAUAAUUUUGUAAAAAGUUAAUAAAAGCACGUAUAUUUUCUGAAGACUCUUUGUGCAAUCAAUCAAGCAUACUUUAUUGGUCCUUCGAUGCUCGAACCUUAUUAGAUCAUUUUAACGCAACAUACAUUAUUGAAUAUACAACAUAUAUUUGUUGUAAUCAGGGUAGGAAAGGUUACGACACUUUGGGAGCUGUCUAUUUACCACCGGAGUCAUCUGUAGAACUGUAUGAGACUUACCUACUGUGUAUGUGUGGAAUCCAUGAUCGAAGAACACCAAUGUACUAAUAUUUACAAGGGGGAAGAUUUCAACUUACCAAAUGUGAACUGGAUCAAUGACGAGUAUGGAUCGCAGGCAGUAGGUAGUUUAUACCAACAAGCGAAAACUUUAUCAGAGUAUUCAUCCUUUCUGAACUUACACACACAGUAACUUACCAGAGACCUUUGUGGAGCUGGCAAAUGAGCCUAUCUUGCCUUGUGAUUCGUAUCACCCAGCCCUAUCAUUAAUACUAGAAAUAGGUGUGUUCCAGGUUGACACCAUUGACAACAACUAUGAAACUUUGUUCAAUAAUCGACCUAACUGACCACGAAACGAGCCAUGAAAUUCAAAUAUCAACUAAUAAUGAGCAUAGAUCCAAUGAACCUGAAACUCUGCCGCCUUCCAAACCCACUAUAUUGGCUUUAGAAGCUGAAACUCCAAAAAUUAACCCAGAAAAAGGUGCUCCGAGAAAAAUUUUAGCCCCUAGAAAAAACAGAACUAAUAGAACUGCUCCGUUAUGGAGAAAUGCUCUAGAGUAUUUGGAUAAUAAAGAAUCAAGGGAGGAAAUUUUAAAAAAUAGACAGUUGAAUUUGGAGGGAAAAAGAAUCGAGUUGGAAAACAGAAGGCUAGUCUUAGAUGAACAACGGCACGAAAUGGAUUAUAUAGAAAGAAAAGAGAAAUUGGAAAUGGAGAAAACUCGAUUUACACAAGAAAUGUUUGAAAGAGACCAAAAAUCCAAAAUAAUUGAACAGCAACAUCAACUUAUUCAGUCACUGAUGGAAAGAUUGAAGAAGACUUCCAAGAGAGGGAGCCACGUGCUAUUAAAGAUCUACAUCUUACCUCGCGUUUGAAUCACCUUGGAACCUGUUUCUCUCAGUUAGCGUGCUUCGACGAGAGCAUAACAAGCUCGAAACCGGAGCUUUGGUUAAAUACUUGUGUUUUCCAGAGAAGUUUGCCAACAACUCUUUCACUGCCUUUAAUAUAAAAGGGCUGAAAGGAGCAUUAUUUGGAAACGAAAAUUAACAUUCCAAGUAUAUCCUUAGAAUCAACCAAGAAUGUUAUGUCUAGGAUGCAUAUUGAGAAUGAUAUAUGUAGAUAUAUUCUAAGAAUAUUUCAAGCAUAUUGGUAUCUAUAAUAUUCUUUUGAGAACAUAACUAUAAUGUCAUAGAAACAUUCUUUGAAUGUGAGAAUACCUAUACAUAUCGAGCAUAUUUUUAGAAUCAAACAAGAAUAUUCUUUUCAGGAUGUACUGAGAAUCUCAUAGGUAUAUUCUAGGAAUAUCCUAAUGGAUUUCUCAGGAAGUUCUUGGGUAUUGCAAACAGUAUUUCUACAAUCUUUUCUCAGAACAUUCUCAGGACAAUCGCAAUGGUUUUGGCGAAUAUUCUAGGCACAUUCCUCCUGAAAAAAGAACAUUCUUAAUACAUUCUAAGGAUGCAAUUUUGUUAUGUGGGUCCUUGGUAAGGUGUAAUAUCUAUUUUUGUUUUGGUUUGUUUUCUUCCACCUAAAGUCUGUUUUUUUUUUAAAGAUAAUUCCCCAAGUCAAAAAUUUAGUAACUGUGUUGGCAAUACAAGCCUUUUCUACAUAAAAACUUUGAAAGCAUUGACAAUUUUACAUUGUAUUGCCAACAUAAUGUCAUUUUGACUUUUAUCUUUAAAAAAAAACAGAUUUUACCUAUUUUGAUUUAUUUAUUUAGGUUACUUAUUUUUUUCAAUGUACACUAGGUACAGGGUGUUUCAAAUUCGAGUUUCAGCAGUUGGGAUUAUGAAAAAGGUAAGAUAUACUGGGUGGUUUAAAUUUGACAAAGUUACUGAUUUUAUCACCAAUGAAAUGCCAUGUCGGAAUAAAGAUUGCCAAAUGUAAGCACAACUUAAAAGCACUUUUUAAAACUGGUACCUUCAAAAAUUUGUAUUGUUUAGAAUACAAAUUUUCAAAAGUGACCCAGUUUCAAAAAACGCAUUUAAGUUAAAAGAGGAUGUUGCAUAUGGCUGUAGAUAUUUUCCAAAAUAUAGGUACCUUUUCAAAGCUAGAAUUUUUUUACACAUUUGGGAAGGCAUUUUAUUGUGUACAAAAUUUCACAACUUUGUCCCAAUUAAGGCCACCCUGUAUUUUUCACCGUUUCCGAAUUCGCAAAUGCUGUAUUUCGAAUUUGAAACGACCUGUACAUACAUAUACUUACCUGACUGUAAUUUAAAGUUCCUAUUUAGAAUUUAGUGGAGUUAAUUUUUGGUGAUUAAAUUU